CAUCCAAGCGAAGAAUAAGGAAGCAUUUCUGGAAAGUUUCUUCUUGUGUUCCUCUCUAGUCUUUCCUCCCAAAUCUUUAUUUCCAACAAAGUGGUAUCAGAGCUGACUUUUCAGAGAUGAAUAGCACUUUUCCCUUUGUAGUUCCCAAACUUACAAAGGAGAAUUAUGGACAUUGGUGUAUCCGCAUGAAGGCAUUGCUUGGCUCACAGGAAGCAUGGGAGGUUGUUGAGAAAGGCUAUGAUGAACCAGAGAAUGAAGGAGUCUUGAAUCAAAAUCAGAAGAAUGCUUUGCAGAAGCUUCAAAAGCAAGAUCAACAUGCCCUCUCUAUCAUACACAUGGGCUUGGAUGAAGCUUUGUUUGAGAAAGUUGCUACUGCUACAAAGGCUAAGGAAGCCUGGGGGAUUCUUGAGAAUAAUUUUAAAGGAAUUGACAAAGUGAAGAAGGUUCACCUUCAGACUCUUCGUAGUGAGUUUGAAUCUCUACAUAUGAAGGAGUCUGAAUCUGUUUUCGACUAUUUCACUAGAGUGUCUUCCAUUGUCAAUCAAAUGAAGUGUUAUGGAGAGAAGAUUGAAGAUGUACGUGUUGUGGAGAAGAUUCUCAGGUCACUUGACUCAAAACUUGAGUUUGUGAGUGUUGCCAUUGAAGAAUCAAAUGAACUGGAUUCCAUGACCCUCGAUCAACUCAUGGGGUCCUUGCAAGCAUAUGAAGAAAGACUUAAAAGGAAGCAAGAACCGGUGGCCCAAGUUCUCCAAACUAAGGUCUCUUUGGGAGAACGAGAACAAGAGCAAGAGCAUGGACGAUCUCAAGGAAGAGGUCAAAGUCGAGGUCGAGGCCGAGGGUUGAGCAAUCAACCACGAGGACGUGGAUAUUAUGGUUCAAAGAGAGGAAGCGGAAGAAGGUAUGACAAGUUCAAUAUUCAAUGUUAUGCUUGUCACAAAUAUGGCCAUUAUGCCAAUGAAUGUAGAAGUUCCUCCACCAACAAUGAGGAGAGGGCUAAUUAUGUUGAAGCAAAAGAAGAAGAAGAAUUGCUACUGUUGAUGGCAACUAAAGAAGAAAGAGAUACCAGAGCAUGGUACCUUGACACGGGUGCCGCUAAUCACAUGAGUGGCAACAAAGAGUUGUUCUCAACUCUUAAUGAGGCAGUAAAAGGCAACAUUAUAUUUGGAGAUGAUACCAAAAUCCCAAUAAAAGGCAAAGGUGAUGUUCUCAUCCGUUCAAAAAAUGGAAGUCACCUUUUAAUUACUCAAGUUUAUUAUGUGCCUACUUUGAAAUCUAAUAUUUUGAGCUUGGGACAAUUACUUGAGAUGGGGUAUGAUAUUCAUUUGAAGGAUGGUUGCCUUACUUUGAGAGAUGGUUCAGACAACUUGGUUGCGAAGGUACCUAUGGAGAAGAAUAGAAUGUUUUUGCUCAAUGUUCACGUGGAUCAUCCAAGAAGCUUGAAGACUUGUGUUGAAGAAGCUUCUUGGCUUUGGCACUUGAGACUGGGUCACUUGAACUUUGGUGGCUUGAAGGCAUUAGCAAGUGAAGAGAUGGUGAAUGGGUUGCCCAAAAUUAAUCACCCCAACCAGCUCUGUGAAGGAUGUUUUUUUGGCAAGCAAGCUAGAAAAAGCUUUCCAAAGGAGGCCACUUUUAGAGCAACCAAGCCACUCCAACUGGUUCAUGCGGAUGUGUUCGGACCAAUCAAACCAUCAUCAUAUGCUCUUGUCAAGGAGAGUGGUUACUCUAUCAAACGCUUAAAGACUGAUCGAGGAGGAGAAUUCACUUCCAAGGAAUUUCAAAAUUUCUGUGAAAAUAAUGGAAUUCGUCAUUUCCUCACUAUUCCGAGGUCCCCGCAACAGAAUGGCGUCGUCGAGCGGAAGAAUAGAACCAUUCUUAACAUGGUUCGAAGCAUGCUUAGGAGCAAGAAUAUGCCCAAGGAAUUUUGGGCAGAAGCAGUGGCAUGUGCUGUGUAUUUGUCUAAUAUUUCUCCCUCAAAAAGUGUUCAAGGUAUGACACCGCAAGAAGCUUGGAGUAGUAAGAAGCCUAAUGUUUCUCACCUUCGUGUUUUUGGAAGUAUUGCUUUUAUUCAUGUUCCAAUGAGAAGAGAUCAAAGCUUGAUGGAAAAAGUGAGAAAUUUGUCUUCAUCGGCUAUGAUUCAAGCUCCAAAGGCUACAAGAAGCUCAUGGGAUUGGAAUGUCUCUCAAAAUGAAGAAUAUGUUGUCUUUCCUUUGCAAGAAGGAGAAUCCAGACAAGACACAAGGCAAGAUGUUGCUACUCCACCUCACUCUCCUCAUGGAUCUCAAUCACCUGAGGAUUGUUCUUCUGAAAGGCCACUACGUACAAAAAAUCUUAUUGAUAUUUAUGAAGAAACUGAGGUGGUUGAUAAUCCAAGUUUCUUUUGUCUCUUUGCUGACAUCGAACCGUUAAAUUUCGAAGAGGCAGUAGUAGACAAGAAAUGGAAGCAUGCAAUGGAUGAAGAGAUUAAAGCAAUCCAAAAGAAUGGCACAUGGGAGCUGGUGACUCUUCCGGAAGGGCAAAAGGCAAUUGGCGUGAAGUGGGUGUACAAAGUGAAGAAAAAUGCUCAAGGGAAAGUGGAGAAAUAUAAGGCAAGGCUUGUUGCAAAGGGUUAUAUUCAGGAAUAUGGCAUUGACUAUGAUGAGGUUUUUGCCCCUGUUGCUCGCUUGGAAACCAUUCGGUUGAUCAUCUCCUUGGCAGCUCAAAACAAGUGGAAAAAUUAUCAAAUGGACAUUAAGUCCGCUUUCUUGAAUGGCUAUCUUGAAGAGGAAGUGUAUGUUCAACAGCCAUUGGGAUAUGUUGUCAAGGGACAUGAAGACAGAGUCUUGAAAUUGAAGAAGGCAUUGUAUGGCUUGAAGCAAGCGCCAAGGGCAUGGUAUAGCCGCAUUGACAAAUAUUUCCAAGACCAUGGCUUCACCAAAUGUCCACAUGAACAUGCUCUUUAUGUCAAAGAAGACAAAAUUGGAGGCUUUAUGCUAGUGUGCUUGUAUGUUGAUGACUUGAUCUUCACCGGCAAUAAUGCAAACAUGUUUGAAGAAUUUAAGAAGGCAAUGACUCAAGAAUUUGAGAUGACCGACAUUGGUCUCAUGUCCUACUACCUUGGAAUUGAGGUAAAGCAAAAUGAAGAUGGGAUUUUUAUUUCUCAAGAAGCUUAUGCAAAGAAAGUUCUGGAGAAAUUUGAAAUGGCAAAUUGCAAGCCGGUAAGCACCCCCAUUGCUUGUGGAACUCGAUUGUCGAAGUACGAUGAAAGUACAAAGGUGGAUCCCUCUCUGUAUAGAAGCCUUGUUGGAAAUCUGAGAUAUUUGACUUGCACAAGGCCAGACAUUCUCUAUGGGGUUGGUCUUGUGAGUCGGUACAUGGAGGCACCUACUUCAACACACAUGAAGAUGGCCAAGAGAGUACUUCGAUACAUCAAAGGUACUGUUGAUUAUGGCCUAACUUAUUCUUUUUCCACAAAUUUCCAACUCUAUGGCUAUAGUGAUAGUGACUGGGGUGGUGAUGUUGAUGAUCGGAAAAGCACCACCGGCUUUCUAUUUUUCUUGGGUGACACUGCUUUCACUUGGUGUUCAAAAAAGCAACCCAUUGUAACUCUCUCUACUUGUGAAGCUGAAUUUGUUUCUGCUGCAUCAUGUGUCUGUCAUGCAAUUUGGCUAAGGAAGUUGUUGGAGAUGCUACGCAUAUCUCAAGAUGAAGCUACAACCAUUUACAUAGAUAACAAGUCAGCUAUUGCUUUGAGAAAGAAUCCAAUAUAUUUUCACCAAGGCACUGAAGUUUGAAGAUUUUGCAAGACUG